ACGUAUGUAUGUAUUUAGUCACAACGUAAAAAUCUACAUAUAACCAGGCAAAAUUUAUGAACACCCACUCCAAUACUUUUCUCACUUCUAUAAAACAACUUUUAAAUAAAGCUGUGCUUCUGCGUUUAUUUCUAUUUGGUUAGCAAAAAAAAUAAACAAAGUUGCAAAAUUUUGCAGUGUUUGAGCGAAUUAAAUAAGUCUCCAAAAAUGGCACAACCCCAACCGCCUUCAAAUUCUGGAAAGGGUGACGGCAUGAUGUCCGCAUCUGCCACAUUGCACAACGACCAAGACUUUGGAAUGCCACCCCCUCCUUAUCCAGGCACGGAAAGGGAUCAACAACCCCAAGGUUUUCCGGAUCACCCACGAAUUCCAGCUCCCGUGGGAUGGGGGGCGUAUCCACCACCACCUCCACCUCCUCAAAAUCAACCGCCUUAUCAAUAUGGCUCCACCACGACGGUCACGGUCCAACCCGCACAACUCGUUCAACCAGGAACUCGCGUCGUAAUCGUGAGUGGGGGGUGUCCUAGAUGCCACGUUGGUAGCCUGAUAGAUGAUUUCGACUGCUGCGCUAUUUUCUUGGCGAUUUUUUUCUUCCCCAUCGGAAUCCUGUGCUGUUUGGCAAUGAGACAGAAAAGGUGUACAAAUUGUGGAGCGACGUUUUGAUGAACAUAUUGGAAAAAUUAGAAACAUGCCGCAUUUUCAUGAAACUUUUUCUAAAAUAAGUUUUACCUCUUGAAGUCUUAAGAAGAAUUUAUAAAAUAAUAAUACAAGUUAUUUAGUAUACUUAGAAGGUUGAAGGUGUUUACUUUCGACCAAUUAUUUUUUUCCUUAAACUUAGGCAUUUAUCUAUUUCUAACAAAUAAGUUUAAUAAAUAUUGAUUUUGAUUUA